UGUUUGUUGACGGUCUAGAAGAUGGCGGCCUCCAGGACGCCCUUGGUUCCGUUCGGUCGUUUGAGCAACUUUUUAAACGCUGAAAGACGCGGGGUGAAGCGCACGCUAUGGCUGGCAAACCGGGUGUCCUUCAAAGGUUAUGCUCUUCCAGCAACAAACAGUGCUGCACCUGAUACAGGAUUUCAGUUGAAAGGUUCUGCCUUUGCAUCAAAUGUUGAAGGACCUUUGGAGCACUAUGAAUUAUUGGUCAGACAAGGUGACCUAAAGGAUGAUGACCACCAGAGAAAGGUUGUACAGUGUUUGCAGAAGCUUCAUGAAGCACUUAAAGGAUACAAUCCUGGUCAGCAAAAUUUCUUCUCAAAGUUUUUUGAAAGAUCUAUACCUCCAAAAGGCCUUUAUGUAUAUGGAGAUGUUGGGACAGGCAAGACCAUGGUGAUGGACCUGUUUUAUUCUCAUGCAGCUGUUAAAAGGAAAAAUCGAGUACAUUUUCAUGGUUUCAUGCUGGACGUCCAUCGAAGAAUUCAUCGGUUAAAGCAGACUUUGCCAAAAAGAAAACCUGGCUUAAUGGCCAAAUCCUAUGAUCCAAUAGCACCUAUCGCCGCAGAAAUCAGCGAUGAGAGCUGCCUGUUAUGUUUUGAUGAGUUUCAGGUUACAGAUAUUGCUGAUGCCAUGAUACUGAAGCAGCUCUUUGAAAACCUGUUUCAAAAUGGUGUUGUUGUUGUUGCCACGUCUAAUAGACCACCUGAAGACCUCUAUAAAAAUGGGCUUCAGAGGGCUAACUUUGUGCCAUUCAUUGCUGUCCUGAAGAAAUAUUGUGAAGCCAUCCAACUGAAUUCUGAAGUUGACUACAGGAAAAGACAGCUUCCUGGAGCAGGGAAGCUUUAUUAUCUCACAAGUGAAGCUGAUGUGGAGGCUGUCGUGGAUAAGCUAUUUGAUGAGCUGGCUCAGAAACAAAAUGAUAUAACACGACCAAGGAUUUUGAAAGUGCAAGGCAGAGAACUGAGACUGAGCAAAGCUUGCGGAACCAUAGCAGACUGCACAUUUGAAGAGCUGUGUGAUAAACCCCUUGGAGCAAGUGACUACCUGGAAAUGACUAAACACUUUGACACUGUAUUCAUUCGGAACAUACCAACACUGACUUUGGCAAAGAAGACUCAAGCACGACGCUUCAUCACUCUCAUCGAUGCCUUUUAUGAUCACAAGGUCAGGGUUAUUUGCUCAGCUGCAAUGCCAUUGGAGAGAAUAUUUGUUCAGAAGGAUCACGACAGUCAUGAAGACGAUGCCAGAGUCUUCAUAGAUGACCUAGGAUUGGAACAGACUAAACUGGAAGACCUUUCAAUAUUUUCUGGGGCAGAAGAAAUAUUUGCAUUUCAGCGCACAGUCUCACGGCUCACAGAAAUGCAGACUGAGCAGUACUGGAAUGAUGGAGACAGGGGAAAGAAGGACUCUGCUGAGUGAAAGCAAAUAUAAAUCUAUCAAACAAAUUCAGCAACAGAUCAAAUUUGAAUUUAAUUUAAGAACUGAGGUGUAAUCAUACUUUAUUUGUUCUCUCUUCACUCUAAGGACCAUUGAUAUUCUUCAGUACAACGGUUUCAAGAUUUGCUGGGCCCAAACUGCCAGUUUUCAUUGGUUUUGACAUUAUGGGUAAUCUAAGCAUAAUAUUAUCUAACCACUACUUCCUGAUUCAUUUCUUCUCGCUGCACUUCUUUAUCUUGGUAUUAUUUCCAUGUUCUGAAACUUUGAUCUCACAUCUAGGCUGCUCCUAGAAACAUGGUAAGAAGUCAUGGAACAAGAAAAAAGACAUUUGUUGUCUCAAGACCACUCCUUCCACAGACUAUGCACUAUUGUGGGCUGUAUUCCAUUAAUUUAACAUCCUCGGGAAGUUUUACAUGGAUAUUUUGGGCAUUUGUAUAUUUAAACUCCAGAAAUAAAACAGUUUUAUUGCAGUCUUCAAGGGACUUUUUCUGUCUGUUUGGUGGUCAUGGUGAAGGGGAGGCAGAGUGAGAAAGUUAAUUAAUAUUAUAACACCCAUAUAUAAAACAGAGUUUGACAUGCAGAGAUCUACAGGGGACACGGAGAUAUCUCUGCCCUUCAAUGUUACUAUCAAAAGCAUUGAGCAAAUAUGGAUAUGAACAAGUAGCUUAGCAGCUAAGGAGGAUUGAAGGUUAAUUUUCUGAAAAAUCAGCAGUAUUGAUUGGGUAAGUGAUGAAAGAGACACCCAGAAAAGAGGGAUGAUAAGAUCAGAAAAGAAGAGGAACACAAAUACAGUGUAAUGGGAUCUCCAGCAGCAGGGAGUCACAGUGAGGAAAGGCUUUAAGCAGAGGCUCAGUUGUACAAAAACCUCCAGUAUAAGUAGCAAGUGAGAGCAGCUGGAGCAGUUGAAUGAACCCUCUUUGGAAAGAAAAGGGUAUCACUGGGGGAAGGAAGGCUCAUGGGAAGAGUAGCCAAACAAAGGAUUCUUCAAUGCAAUGUAACUCACAGGCUAUUCCAUGUAAAUACCUCUAUGUUUAACCUUAAUCUUCCUUCAUAUUUACAAUGACCUGAUAACCUGUGGAAUAAAGAAUCCUUGCUUCAUGAUCUUUAAGCCAUUCGUGUGUGUUCAAAACUCCUGUUACAGUUCACCUUCUGUGAUCCUUCAAUGCCAAAUAAUCUGGGGAAUAUAAAUGGGUCUUAGGAUCCUUAUUUAUAUAUGCAAAAUGUCUAUUCCCUCAAUCAAGCAUGGGCAUUACAUUCUGAUUUUUUUUGGCUUUCACCAAUUUUGCUGGUGAGGCACUGUCAGGAAGGCUGUAUUGUUGUGAAAUAUGAGCACUGCACGGUUGAAAUACUGAACUAAAUUUUCCUCCUUUGAACAUUUCUAGAAUAUUCCAAUUCCUAGAUUGUUAGGACUAAUUAUAAUUGUAGACUACCACUCUACUGUUAACCAAUUGAAGAGUGGCAUGGAGAAACACUAUGGAAAAUCCUUAACUGUGGAUUUUCUUAUAUUUCACAUUGAUACAAAGUGGAGUUAAGUAUAGAGUGAAGUUAUAAAUGAAGGGAUUAAGAGAAAGAAAACGUCAUUGCCUGAAUGGUAAGGAAUUCAUAUGUAAAUUCAUAUGUAAAUAUGUAAAGUCAUUCUUUAUACUUCAGGCAAGUUUUAUGCAAAUUAUGUUACUUUUAAUUGUUACAGGUAACUACAGAUCCAUAAUCCUUGAACUGGGGAUUUUCUCCUGUUUUGAUGAGUUUAUUACUUGUGUUCACCUCUCUGUCCACCCUGUCAGUCUCCCUGCUAGUUACUAAGGAAAAGUAAUUAUUCGAUACUUCUGCCGUUUCACUGUAAGUUUCUGUCAGUUUACUUGUGUCUUGGUGCCCUAUCUGUAUCCUGUUUUCUUUUGUUACUGUUGAAAUGCCUGUAGAAUAUUUCUCUCUUUUUUUAUCCAUCGAAAGUUAAUUUUAUGAUUCCCGAUUAUUUUCCUUGUUUAUUUUUCUUCUUUACUCACCACUUUUAAAUUUCCAUUUUGUCAUCCUCCUUUACUUAUGCAAUUAGGAUACCUUUCAUUUAGUUUGAAGUCUGCGUUAUUUCUUUAUUCAUACAUGGUUUAUCAUUCCUUAUGGUCUUGUUUUUAGAGGAAUGCAUUUCUCAUAAACACUAUUAAUCAUCAUGUUCAAUAUUUUCCACUGCUCUACUGUCUCUGUGCUUGUCAAUAUUUUUCUCCUUUAUUUUGCCCAAUUCCAUUGUCAUGCUCAAAUCUAUUUUUUGUCUUGUAUCUUUUUCAAUCACUAUCGUAAACCUUAUUAAGUUGUGAUCAUUAUUGCCCAAAUAUCGUGUUUACCUCUCCUAUCCAUUUUGAUUCACUUUUGACUGUUAAAUGCCCGAGUGAUUGCUCUUGGUUUUUUUUUGCAUACUGGGUAAGAAAGUCCUCCUGUACACUGUACAAUAAAAUUAAUUUCUUGCCAGUUUA